GUACCGACGCCGUUCAUUUCUGGUGUUACCGUUGUGUCGUGCAGUUCGUGUAACUUAAAGCAAGUGUUGAAUUAAGUGAAUAACAUAAAACAUUUUUAAUACUUAACUUUAUUUUAAUCAUCAUGGAUUAUAAAGAUGAACAACAUAAUGAAAUUGAAGCUUUGGAGUCAAUUUAUUGUGGAGAAUUGGAAGUUUUAGCAACAGAACCAUUUUAUACAUUUUCCAUACCCAUUAAAACUGAGGAAUAUGAAUCAGGUACUGAAAAUGGUCUCAGUUGUUGUUUACAAUUUACAUAUACUGAAAAAUAUCCGGAUGAACCACUCUUAAUAUCAAUAGAAGAACCUGAAAACUUCGAAGAAGAUAGUACUGAAAAAUUAAAAAAACAUUUAAUAGAACAAAUGAAUGAAAAUCUUGGAAUGGUUAUGGUAUUUACUUUAGUUAGUGCUGCUCAAGAAUGGCUUAAUGUACAAUGGGAUAAAAUUAAAUUAAAUCGGGAAGAAUGUGAAGCACAAAAACUCAGAGAAGAGGAAGAAGCAGAAAGAAAAAAGUUUGAGGGUACACGAGUUACAGUUGAAACAUUUUUGUGUUGGAAAGAAAAAUUUGACGAAGAAAUGGGAUAUACAAAAAGAAGAGAAAUAGCUGAACGAGAAGGAAAGAAAUUAACUGGUAGAGAAUUGUUUAUGACUGAUAAAACAUUAGAUCAAUCGGAUCUGAAGUUCUUAGAUGAUGAUUCUGUUAAAGUAGACGAAAGUUUAUUUCAAAAUUUAGACGAUUUGGAAUUAGAAGAUGACGAUGACGAUGAUGAUCCUAAUUAUGAACCAAACGUUUCUGAUGAUAGUGCCUAAAUAAAUCUGCUAAAAUUUUAUUCUAUUAUUUAUAAGAUAAUCUCAAAAUUCCUACUUACUGAAUAUUUAUAUAUAAAAUUAAUAUUUAAAAAUUUAUUUAAAAAAUACUAGAAUUUAAACAAAUUGAUAUAUUCAAAUCAAAUGUGCCAGUGUAAAGUGAAUUUAUUAAAAUUCAUUAGUGCAUUUUAUAUGAAUAAAAUAUAUUACAUCUGUCAUGCAGAUAAAUUUUAUACAUGUAUAUGCGAAAAAAAAUAGAUAUAUUUAAUAACGAAGAUAAUUUUAUAUAAUUAUGUACAUAAUUGAAUCUUUUUCAUAAUAAAUCAUUUUCUUUAAUAAAUCGAAAA